UGAGCUGUUCUCACAGCGUGGACUCCUGAGGGGCUGCUGGCAAAGCAUGGCAGUUCCUGAGCCCUUUUUCCCUGGCAGAUGCUGACAUGUCAUCCCACGGAGCUGCUGGGGACCGGCUGGGUGCUCCUUGCAGGGCUGCUGGUGCCUUUGCAACAGGCUGUAGAAACCUUGGGACCCCUCAAGAGUAAAGUGGCUGCUGUGGGAUCCUCAGUGCUGCUUCCUGGGCUGGGUAACAUCACGCAGGUCUACUCCAUGCACUGGGAAUACCUCAAUGGCACCAGCUCCCACACCAUCCUGCAGUACUACAGGGGGUCUCACAGCCCAGUCAUCCACACACCCUAUGCAGAACGAACUGUUUUCCAUCCAUCCAAUGGAUCUCUCCUGCUGGAGGAUGUCCAGGAAAGUGACAGUGGCAUCUACAAAGCGACUGUCAACAUGAGAGACAGGGAGAGCCUGAAAAUCCUGCUGGAAGUACUCAGGCCUGUGUCUCGCCCCCGGCUCCAGAGCAGCACUCUCGUGGCCCAGGCCACUGGCGAGGUGCUGUGUGAGGUGGCAGAGGGUAGGGUGGACACCAUCGCCUGGAAGAAGGACGGGCAGCCCCUGCCUCUGGACAGAGGCUUCCUCCUCUCCAGCAGCCGCAGCGUUCUGUACCUGAGGUCGGCAAAGAAGUCGGACUGCGGCUCCUACUCCUGCAAUGCCAGCAACGGGAUAAGCUGGGAAGAAACCUCCCUGAAUGUCACUGUUGCAGGUCUCUCCCCUCCCUUGCAGGAUGUGCUGAGGAUUGCGGUGGUUGCUGUGGUCUUUGCUGCUGUCUCAGGAUGGGGACUGAUCUUUCCUGUCUGCCAGUCUGAAAAGCUCCGGAUACGGGGGGAGCUGUGGCGGUGGCUCAGCGCCUACACCUGCGGGCUGGUGUGCAUCGCCUCCAUCCUGGCUGGCGCCGCCGGCGGCCUCUGGAUGAGAGAGGAAGGCCCUUCUAUUGCAAUCAUAUUGCCAGAGAUCGCCCUUACGUACAUCAUGGUGGUAACCUUCCUGGUCUCCACCACCGUGACCUUCCAACCUACAAAUCUCACCCAGCUGAAAAGCAAAGCAGCACAGCGCACAAUGGGCUACGCUGCUCCUGGAGGAGUGCUUGUGGUGGUGCUGACGACCAGCUUCCUCAUCAAGAACAUCCACCAUCGCCAUGAAGAAGGAUGCACGGAUUUCAUGGAUGUGACCAUCCUCACAGUCAGCACAGCGGCCGUGUCGGCCCUCCCGCUCCUCGCCAUCUUCCUCUGCUAUCACACGACUCAGGGGUGGCUGAAGGAAAGUGACACCAGUUGGGUGGACAUGGAGAGGUCCUUUGAAAUGUCCCAGCGCAGCAGCAAGGAUGCUCCUUCCACCCGUUAGGGGUCGGUCUGGGUGUUUCUCACUUGGCUGAGUCAACCCCAACUUCCUCCCAGGUUUAAUGGGUUCAGGGCUCUCAGUUUCAGUGGGUUUCAGCCUCUGGGAUACCUGUAAUAAAUGGCAAUGAAAUGAACUCAUUUCUGCCUUUUGUUUUUAAUAAC